GUAAAUUGUCAGUUUGGUAAAAAAAUUGUGUUUUGUUGAAUUGUUGUUUAACCCCUUACCCGAUAUAAAUCAUCAAUACACGCGAUAAAUUUUUAAACGAGUUAAAAAUGCCGAAAAAGAAGAUUAUGCCGGAACUCUCAAAAGAGGAAAAGAUGGUGAUUGUUAUAUCAGAGAUUAUUCAUGAAUUGCAAGCCGCUCAUCGCCAGGGUAAAGAUGUUAACCUCAAUAAAAUGAAAACGAGGAUUUCAUCAAAGUAUGGUCUGGACACAUCACCUCGGCUAGUCGAUAUCAUUGCAGCUGUGCCAUCAGAUGCCAAGAGUUAUUUAUUACCAAAGCUGAAAGCGAAGCCCAUUCGUACGGCAUCUGGUAUUGCUGUAGUAGCAGUAAUGUGUAAGCCUCAUCGUUGCCCACAUAUUAACUUUACUGGUAAUAUUUGUGUUUAUUGCCCCGGAGGACCUGAUUCUGAUUUUGAGUAUUCCACUCAGAGUUACACAGGUUAUGAGCCCACAUCAAUGAGAGCAAUUCGAGCAAGAUAUAAUCCAUACUUACAAACUCGUCAUAGAGUUGAGCAGUUGAAACAACUGGGACAUAGUGUGGAUAAAGUUGAAUUUAUUGUUAUGGGUGGAACUUUUAUGAGCCUCCCUGAAGACUACAGAGAUUAUUUCAUUAGGAAUCUUCAUGAUGCUCUGUCUGGCCACACUUCACAAAGUGUUGCAGAAGCAGUGAAAUAUUCAGAAAAGGCAAAAACUAAAUGCAUUGGUAUCACUAUUGAGACUCGACCUGAUUACUGCCUACAGAGACAUAUGAGUGACAUGCUUAAUUAUGGAUGUACUAGGCUAGAGAUAGGAGUUCAGUCUGUGUAUGAGGACAUAGCCAGAGACACAAAUCGAGGCCACACAGUCAAAGCUGUUUGUGAAAACUUCUGUUUGGCUAAGGAUGCUGGGUUUAAGAUUGUUGCCCACAUGAUGCCAGACCUACCAAAUGUGGAUUUAGACCGUGAUGUAGAACAAUUUAAAGAGUUCUUUGAGAACCCAGCCUUCCGUGCUGAUGGUCUUAAGAUCUACCCAACUUUGGUCAUUAGAGGCACCGGCUUGUAUGAGUUGUGGAAAACUGGGCGAUACAAGAGUUAUCCUCCAUCUACAUUGGUGGAUUUAAUAGCUAAGAUAUUAGCUAUGGUUCCGCCUUGGACUAGAGUUUACAGGGUACAAAGAGACAUUCCAAUGCCUCUUGUGUCAUCAGGAGUGGAGCAUGGUAAUCUCCGAGAGCUUGCAUUACAGCGAAUGUCAGAUUUGGGUACAGAUUGUAGGGAUGUUAGAACCAGGGAGGUUGGAAUACAAGAGAUACAUAAUAAAGUCAGGCCAUAUCAAAUUGAACUGGUACGUCGUGAUUAUGUUGCAAAUGGUGGAUGGGAAACCUUUCUCGCAUAUGAGGAUUCUGAUCAAGAUAUCCUAGUUGGUCUCCUUCGACUUAGGAAAUGUGCCAAAGACACAUAUAGACCUGAGCUCAAACCGGGGCCAAAUGCCAAUUUUAAACAGUGCAGUAUUGUUAGGGAACUGCAUGUCUACGGAUCUGUUGUACCGGUAAAUGCUCGCGACCCAACAAAGUUUCAGCAUCAAGGGUUUGGUAUGCUCCUAAUGGAGGAAGCGGAAAGGAUUGCUUUAGAGGAACACGGAUCAGACAAAAUGGCCGUAAUAUCAGGAGUAGGCACCAGGAACUAUUAUGCGAAGAUUGGUUACCAUCUAGAAGGACCAUAUAUGGUCAAGAUGUUGGCAUAAAUUGUUUUAUUUUGGACGAAUAUGAUUUCCAGAUGUGAUCAAGAUGUUAAGAAAUAAAGUUUAUAAAAUAUUUAUUUUUAUGAUAUUCCGGCUUUUAGUUACGAAGGACCAAUAACACUAUAUCAAGUUUAUACGGUUUUAAAUGUAAAAAAUACGACUUUUAAACCUUAAGGCAACAAAGAUUUGUUUGACGUUUAAUGAAACCAGAUUUAAGCUUAACUUGAUUUUUAAGCUAUAAUGAUAUUAAUUGUAAACGAAUCAUUAAUAUGUGACAUAAAUAGUUUAUGUUUUGAUGUCUAUAGUAUUGGAUGUUGUGUUAAAUGUUGACUUCUAAGCCGUUUUCCUUAACUUAACAAAAAACUUAAGUACUUCAAUGAAUGUAGAUUUUAAUGGCAUAAGAAAACUUGGAUUACAUAACUUAAUUUAAAAAAUACUUUAAAACUGUCCAGCUUGUACAAAUUACAUUUAAUUUUUGUAAAUAAUAAAUAAGCACAUUUCAGUUUAUAGAAUUAUAAAAUGUAUAUUUUUAUGCAGGCCUGAAUUAAAAAAAAGCUAUUUUAUUUCUGAUGUUCCUAUCUACGGCCUCAAUAAUUUUAUAUGGGUAUAAAUGUAUGUAAAUUACAAACCCUGAUAAAUAAAUAUGCAACACCUUUCAAGACACCGUAAAAUAAUAUAUUUAUGUAUUAUCGGUCGAAUGUAAAACAGACUACGAUGCGUUUCGUAAUUGUCUUUGACAGUUUCGGUCGCGUAUCUGUGAUUGGUCUAAGACGGUAUUGACAAUGACAAACGAUUCGCGCCAAAACUUUGUCGUUUUACGUUCUACCUCACUCGCACUGAAAGAGUUCAUAGUUACUUUUUAAAACUUUCGAUAGGACUAUUGUUCUUCAUAUCUAAUUACUAAAUAGUGGUACAAUUUUAAAAUUGAUGUCUAUACUUAUCAAUGUUGUAAUUUUAUGGUAUUAAAUAAAUUAUAUAA